AUGCAGGCGAUAGGCCGAGCCGCCUCGGCCCCUGAUUCUGAUUCGGACUUGGACUCAGAAAGACGGCCGCUGGCAAAGACUAGAGUUGUCCCAACCGACCAGGGAAGUGGGAGAGUAUGUCCGAUCGUCUGUCUGAUGUCGACAGUACCACGAACCGAGCGCGGCCAACAGCAAUCGGGACCGUUUCGCCCGUGUUUAAUCCAUGCACCACUUUUCAUAAAGGCUUUUCGACUGUCAAGCCCAGCGAUAAUUAAACGGAGCACUGUCCGCCGUCGCAGCAACGCCUACCGGGCGACAAGGUGGGGAAGGCUGGCUCAGGUGGGGUCGGAGACGAGUGCCGUUUUCACACCAUCUCGAGUUGUCCAGGUGAUCAUAGGUGUGCUGACGUGGGCUUUUUGA